CUGUGAGGGAGGAGUCCGGUCCGGGGAGGGAGAUUUAUCAGCAGGGUCUGUGAGGUCUGCGCCAUUAGGUCACCUCCACAAGAGCCGUGGUUGACUUAGCCGCAGACUCCGCUAGAAGCAUGCAGGCCCGGGACAGCGGUAUCACUCCGGGAGGAGGCGGCCGCCUGUCCGUCCUCCAGCGACACCUCACAGCAGUUCCUGUGUCAGGUCAGCUUGCCACAGCCACCUAUUCACCAAACUUUCGCUACACCUUGGACAAUAAUCUCCUGACCCCAGAGCAGAGACAGUUCUACGAGGAGAAUGGAUUCCUUGUUAUAAAAAACCUGGUAUCACACAAGGACAUAGAUGAAUUUAGGGAUGUCUUUGAGAAAGUUUGCAGGAAAGAAUUGACAGCACCUGGAAUGCUUGUAAUGCGGGAUGUGGCCAUUGCCAAGUCAGAAUUUCUUCCAGAUCAAAAAGCAAUUACAAAAGUUCAGGAUUUCCAGGAGCUUCCUGGAUUAUUCCGAUUUUGCAGUCUACCCCAGAUUCUGCAGUACGUGGAGUGUUUCACUGGCCCCAACAUCAUGUCCAUGCACACCAUGCUGAUCAAUAAGCCUCCGGAUGCAGGUAAGAAGACUUCUCGGCAUCCAAUGCAUCAGGAUCUGCACUACUUCCCAUUCAGGCCUGCAGACCGCAUAGUUUGUGCUUGGACAGCCAUGGAGCACAUUGACCGAAGCAAUGGAUGCCUUGUGGUUCUUCCAGGAACUCACACAGGAGAACUCAAACAACAUGAUUAUCCAGAGUGGGAGGGUGGGGUCAAUAAGAUGUACCAUGGAGUUCGUGAUUAUGAUCCAAACAUCCCUAGAGUGCACCUAACCAUGGAAAAGGGAGACACAGUGUUCUUUCACCCCAUCCUUAUCCAUGGAUCAGGAAUGAACAAGACGGCUGGCUUCAGAAAGGCUAUUUCCUGCCAUUAUGCCAACUCAGAGUGCUACUAUAUAGAUGUCAAGGGAACAAGUCAGGAAAACAUUGAGAAAGAGGUUGUUGAAAUUGCAAAGAAACGGUAUGGAGUGGAGGCUGAGAUUUCCUUAAAGGAUGCAUGGAUGGCAAAAGCACGAGUUGCUCAAGGGGAGAGACUCAACCUGUAACUGGUGUCCUGAUUUCCUUGUGCCACAAAGAACACUUGUCCUUAAACUAUCUCCACAGUUCUCAUUCUCAUGUUAUUAUCAGAAAUGAUUUCUUGUUUAAUUAAAAUUACAAGCAUAUAUAUAAAAAUAAAAAAAAACGCACCAUAAAGGUUAAGUUGUUUUGAGGAGAGGUCACACCUGUACAGGUGUGCAUGGCUAGCAUCUAAUUUAGCAACUGGUUUGGCUUCACAGAAAAGGGGGCAUGAACUAAAUGCUCCUCCAAAACUGUUGGCUUAAUUUUGGAGUACAACUGUGCUAACUUAUACAGUGGGUGGUGUAACCUUAAACUAGACAGUUUUUCGUUUUGGUGUACGGACAAAAUUCUAGUAUAAAUCUGGCGCAGGAAUUACGAUACUCCAAAUUUCCAAAGGUCUAUGAACCAGAAUAGUAAAUUUGUCUAAUAUUAAGACUGUAAUUUGUAUUAGGCUACUUUCACACUUGCGGCAGAGGAUUCUGCCUGCCGGAUCCAGCAAACGGAUGCAUUUUUCAGACGGAUCCGGAUGCGGAU